AUGGUUUUUUGGAAGAUUAAACGGAGGUUUGGGAAGCUGCUGCUAGAGAGCAUGUCUUUGGGGAAGCAGACGGUUAAACAUGCCCAAAUUGCCCUUCACUUUAUAGUGAAAGUGAAGCACAGAUUAAUACGGAAGAAAUCAGAUUUAUGGUUGAAAGCGAUGGUCCUGCUAAAGGAAUUGUAUUCAGCCAGAUUGAAAAAGAUCCGCUUCACAAGAUCUGGCCUCGGUCUCCAUCAGUUACUAAUCACUCGCAUCUCACAAUGGCCAUUCAUUGAGAAUCCAUCAACCAAAUUUUCAGUUUCGGUGACACCACGGCUGGCAAAUUCUGAAAAAUCGGCGAAUUUGCGGAUUUUGAUGAUAUCCAUCGGUGGUGAAUAA